AUGAUUUCAGUUUCAAAGGAUGCAAAUAACCAAAUUUUCCCACUAGCCUUUGGAAUAGCAGAAUCUGAAAAUAACAAUUCCUAUGAGUGGUACUUUAGUCAGCUUCACAAUGCAAUUGGGAGCCGUGAGAAUUUAAUUUUUUUAUCAGACAUGCAUCAAGCUAUUGCAAAGGUAUAUCCUGAAAGCCAUCAUGGGAUUUGCAUCUAUCAUUUGGAGCAGAACCUAAAGCGAAGGAAGGUGAAAAGCGAGGUCAUAAAACUUUUCCAAAGUGCUGCAAGAGUAUACAGGCGCAAAGAAUUUGAUCUAUACAUGUCAGAUAUAACAAAAGUAGAUAAGAAGACUUAUGACUACUUGAUGGAAGAACCACCGGAAAGGUGGGCACGUUCUUGUAGGCCACGACGAAGAUAUGACAUGCUCACAACAAACAUAGUUGAGUCAAUGAAUUCUGUCCUAUUAGAAGCAAGGGAGCUGCCUAUAUUAAGAAUGAUGGAUUUCAUUCAAGUGAAGCUACAACGUUGGUUUUAUGAAAGAAGAAAUGAAGCAGAAGGAACUUUUUAUGAUGUUUCUUGUUGGGUCUUCCCUGUUGAUUCAUGGCGUUCUAGAGUUGAAGAAGAAGGAAUAACUUUCUUGAUGGACUUAAACAAAAGAACAUGUGAUUGUUUUCAGUUUCAAUUUGAUGAAUUACCAUGCAUACAUGCAAUUGCAGCUAUCGAGAAGAGAAACAUCAAGAAGUCCAACUUUUGUUCGCACUGGUACUUAAAGGAAUCUUGGCUGAAAACUUAUGAAUUACAAAUACAUCCUGUAGGACAUACUGAUUCUUGGAUUGUACCAGAGAGUGUUACGUCACAAAUUGUUAAACCUCCAGAUUUCAAAGUGCCACCAGGUAGAAGGCAGAAGAAAAGGCACAUUCCAGCUACAGAUUCAUCAAAAAUAACUUUCAAAUGUGGUCGUUGCAGAAGAAUUGGUCAUAAUAGAAUAACUUGUAUAUAUUCUCCGGCAGUCCAUCCAUUUUCAAGAAAGCAUAGAGAAUAG